GGCUGCGGUAAGACGGGGAGCUUUUAUUAUUAUUAUUAAUAAUAAUAAUAAUAAUAAUAAGAAAUGGUGCAGAUGCACAGCAGUGUAGAUCUACUGCCGCGUGAUUUCAGCGUUGGUUAAUGAAGCAAGUGCGUGAUGUUUGCGACGAAUGUCCUGCCGCCGCCGUCAACGAGGCACGUGGUGGCAGCCAUCCAGCUGAAAAAUCUGGAGCUCAACUGCAGCGCGCCUCGCCCGUGGAUCACGCGUUUUCUGUGCGCCCGUCCUGCGAGAUGGCGAUAGUUUAUAACGUAGCAUACACACGCCUGUUCAAAUGACUGCUUGAGUUCACAGAGCUUUGGAUAAAUAUUAGGUCCCACAUACUUCCGGCUGCAGUUGGAUUACUCCAGAAAAUUCCUAUAAAUCGCUAAUUAAGUCUCUCUCGUAUUACAGCCAUUGUGAGAUUUUAGAAUGAACGCCUGUUGUGUAGAUGGAGUUUCGUACCACAUUAAAGUUUCGGUUUCGUUUAACCCCGACGUGAUAAGGCUUUGAUCUUCUAUAAAAGCUUUGCUUCAUCUUGACGGGCAAAGGGUGCUAUCACAAUGACCCCAUUGUGAUUCUGUAAAGGCCUUGUUCGCACUUUCAACUGAUGAAAUACUUCCCCAGUGGAGAAAGGCAAGACAUCUAAGUAUCUGGAUUCUUUUCUGUGCGUAUUUAGUUGUACAGAUGGAGUACAAAGUGACGGUGGCAACAGGCACCUCAGAGUACUCAGGUACUAAUAACUACGUGUAUGUGACUCUUGUGGGGGAGAGAGGAGCGAGUGAGCGGACCCUCCUUGACAACCCAGGUCUUGAUCUCUGCCGAGGUGCGGUUGACGAGUAUACUGUACGGAGCUCGGCCCCCCUGGGCCGUAUCCUGCUCGUGCGGCUAGAGAAGCAGAGGUACUGGGUGGAGGAUAACUGGUUCUGCCGCUACGUGACGGUGACAUCACCAGGAGGCCACAGCACAAGCACCUUCCCCUGCUACUGCUGGCUGGUGGGGGAUGUGCAGGUGGAGGUGAGGGAAGGCACAGCUAAGAAGCAGAGCGGCGAUACGCUGCCCCAGGAGCGUGCGCACAGGAAGGCAGAACUCCAGGAGAGGCAGAAAAUCUACAGAUGGCAACACUGGGCUCCAGGCCUUCCCAAAUGCAUAGAUGCCAAAUCUGAAGCGGACCUUCCCCAGGAUGCUCGCUUUGCCAAUGAGAAGCGCAGUGACUUUGAGAGAUCGCUUCAGUUCGCGCUCUUGGAGCUCUCGCUGAAGAAGUUGGUCAUUAAGUUUGGGAAGUCCUGGGAUGACUUGGAUGAUUUUAAGCGGAUAUUCUGGCAACUGAAGAGUUCGAUUGCUGAGUACACUAUGCAACACUGGAGAGAGGACUGGUUUUUUGGCUAUCAGUUCCUGAACGGCUCAAAUCCAAGAAUGAUUCAAAGAUGCAAGAAGCUGCCUUCAAACUUCCCUGUGAGUGGAGAUAUGGUGCAGGCAUUCUUAGGCCCCAACACUACCCUGGACAAAGAGAUCAAGGCUGGGAAUGUGUUCCUGGUUGACCAUGGUGUGAUGGAUGGCAUUCCUGCGAAUUCAAUCAGAAAUCAGAAACAGUACAUAGCAGCUCCUCUCUGUUUGCUGUAUGAGCAUCCUGAUAAAGGCCUCAUUCCUAUUGCUAUACAGCUUGAACAGAAUCCAAGCAGGGACACACCCAUCUUCCUCCCUAAUGACCCGCCCCUGGCCUGGCUAUUGGCUAAAAUGUGGGUCCGUCAUGCUGAAUUCCAGGUCUUCCAAGUGCUUUCCCACCUGUUGAGCACUCACCUUGUAGUGGAGGUGAUCUGUGUAGCUACACUGCGUCAGCUACCUGCAGUCCACCCUAUAUACAAGCUGCUCAGUCCUCAUCUGAAAUACUCGUUGGAGAUCAAUUGCCGAGCACGCACACAGCUCAUUUCUGCAGAUGGCAUAUUUAAAAGGGUGGUGUCUACAGGUGGGGAGGGGCUGCUGGUGCUGGCGCAAAGGGGAUAUAAGGUCUUCACCUACCGCUCACUCCACCCGCGCUUCGAUUUUGUGGACCGUGGCGUCAACAAACUCAAAAACUACUUCUACAGAGACCACGUGCUAAUGCUGUGGGAGGCCAUUCAUAAGUUUGUUUCCAGCAUGGUAUCCCAGUACUACAGCAGUGACAGUGAAGUAGAAGAAGACACAGAACUGCAGGCCUGGAUUAGUGACGUGACUGAAGAAGGCUUUGUAGAUGCGCCUCAGUUUGGGCUGGCUAAUGACCUAAAGACCAGAGAGGAGCUGAUCACUCUACUGAGCGUUGUGAUCUUUACCAGCACAGCACAACAUGCAGCAACUAACAAUGGGCAGUUUGACUGGUGUGCAUGGGUACCCAACACCCCUUGCACCAUGCGCCAGCCUCCACCCACAGAUAAGGAUGCAGUCACAAUGGGCUUCAUCAUGGAUACACUGCCGGAUAUCAGCCAGUCAUGUGUGCAGAUGGCAAUCACAUGGCAUUUAGGAAGGGUACAGCCAGAUGCGAUUCCCCUAGCACAAUAUGCUGAGCAGUACUUCACUGAGCCAGAAGCUCUACGGGUGAUUGACAGCUUCAGAGAGGAUCUGAAGGAAGUUGAAGAGGAGAUUUUGAGGCAGAAUAAAGGCCUGGAAUUACCGUAUCUCUAUUUGUGUCCCAGCCGAAUAGAGAAUAGCAUUACUAUAUAAGCAAGUCUCUGUUGGCUGGGGUUUCCCAAGGGCAUUAUAACAAAAUAGUAUUGUUACAUGGUAGAGCAAUAUCACAAUAGACCGGCACGCGUUCAUUUAAGAUGAUUUUAACACUAUGAUGCUCUUGGGAAACAGGGCAUAGAUCUAAACACUUUUGAUAAGCAUAUUUCACCUUGUGCAGAAUACAUUGUAAAGAUACAAUUUAUAUACAUAGAAGGUUCUUUAGGAACUUGGGAGCAACUUCAGAAGAGCACAGUGCUCUCUGACCUUUCUUUCUUUUUUUUCCAGCCAUAAAAAUGAACAUCCUUGCUGUCAACAUUCCUUUUUUUUUUAAAUGGGUGUGGGUAUGACAAGACUAUAUUUGUAUAUUUUUAAUACAUUUCUAUACAGCAUUGCUCAAUUUUUAUUACUGAGAUGUUGUUCUUAGUGGAUGUUAUACAAACAUAUGCAUAUACAAUCAAUAAUUUGGAAAUGCUAUAAUGUCAAGUUACUUUUUCAGAGAUCCACCAAGAUUGAUGGCAUUGAUGGGGAUAUUAGCAAUUAAAGAAAUGUACAUUUCUGUUA